AAUAAUUUUAUGCUGAUUUGAGUUUGAGGAUACAUAAUUCGGUGAUAUUGAACCAAAAUAAAAUUCCCAGUCUUUCUCUCUGUGUAACAUACUCUUUUCAGCGAUUGCCGCCAUUUCUUGGUAGAAAAUGGAGUUUGUUUACAAAAUGGUUGACAUAGCUAAGAGAGCUUCAGACAACAAUACAGUGAUAAAUGUUGGUUUGUUUUCGUCUUUUGCAUUACUCGGACUGAGAUCUUGGAAUCAGCAAAAUACCGUUGAAGCUUUAGAAGCUGAGAAGGAAUCUCUAACCAAAUCCAAUAAGUCUAUUAGAAAGACUCUCUGGGAUUGGAAACAGCAGCUUUACGCUGAAGCCGCAACUGAUUCGGCCCCGGUUCCUCUGGAAAGACUCCAAGCAAUCUAUGGAGAAGCCGUUCCUCCUCAACAUUCUGCAUUUGGAGAUACUGCGAGCAAAGAUGCAAAUUUACCUGCUCCAACCAAAAUGAUGAUCUGAGAUCUGCAAUGUUGUCACUUGUCAGGAUUUUAGAAGUUUUUAGCGUCGGAUGGCUGUUAAUAAAAUAUUUUCUUAGAGAGCAGAAGCAUGUAACCAUAAUUUGUUUUAUUGGCAAAUAAAUGUAGAACUUGGAGUUGGAGAAAUGACAAAAACACAAUUUUAA